CCACCGUAAUUUGAAAAUUUUGCGAGGGGGUGGUCUGCAGCUUCUCCAGUCCAACAAUGGAGAAUCCGAAGGUUCAAGUGAUCCUGGAGAAGCAGGUGCUAACGGUGGCCAAGGCCGUCGAGGACCAGAUCGAUGAGGAGAUUGCGGCUCUGGAUCGCCUCGACCACGACGAUCUGGAGGCUCUCAGAGAGCGGAGGCUGCAGCAGAUGAAGAAGAUGGCAGAGAAGCGUAGCCGUUGGAUCGCCCUUGGUCAUGGUGAGUACUCAGAGAUCGCCUCCGAGAAGGACUUCUUCUCCAUCGUCAAGGCUAGCGAGCGUGUUGUUUGCCACUUCUAUCGCGAGAAUUGGCCUUGCAAGGUAAUGGACAAACAUUUGGGUAUAUUAGCAAAGCAGCACAUAGAGACACGGUUUGUAAAGCUCCAUGCCGAGAAAAGUCCAUUCCUGGCUGAGAGGCUCAAGAUCAUGGUCCUUCCUACACUUGCCCUUAUAAAGAAUGCCAAAGUGGAUGAUUACGUGGUUGGAUUUGAUGAGCUUGGUGGGACAGAUGAGUUCAGCACGGAAGAACUGGAAGAGAGGUUAGCCAAAGCACAGGUGAUCUUUUUUGAGGGUGAAUCAUCUAUAAGUGCACCAAAGUCUGGAAAACAAACCAGGAGUGUCCGGCAAAGCACCAAUGAAGACUCAUCGGAUUCUGACUGAAUUGAUGACCAUUGAUUUUGUAAUCUAUUUGUUGAUUGGCUCAGCCUAUCGGCUCUACAUAAUUUAGGUGCAGUUCUGUUGUUAUUUGUAAGAUCUAUCUUUCAUUUGCGAAAUAUUAUUAUUAUCCC